UCAAUUUGUGUGCAGCAACAAAACGUACAAAAUACACUACAAUAUAUUCUUUGCUAAACAAACAAACCCAAACCCAAAGUACAACAAUUUAAGAGAAACAGUGCAAGUGACAACAACAUCAAAAAUUAAAAGUUUAUACAACACCAAAAAAAAAACUAAAUACAUAAUAAACAUAAAAACUAAUUUAUUUUAUAUGUUGAGACGCGGAGCAGCGGUUAAUUGGCUAGUUGUUGUUGUUGUUGUUGCAACAGAACAGCAACAACAAUGAUGAUGAUGACGGAAUCGCAAAUGGACAACAGCCUGCAAGGCGGUGACGAUACCACAAACGCCACAAACGUCAAGGCCAUGGCCAAUAUACUAGCAACCAAUACAAAAACCAUAACAACAACAACAACCAGCAACACAAGCAGCACACCCAAGGCCACGGGCAAACGCCGUCAGCUGGGCUCAGCAACUGGCGCCGGGGAUGGCGAUGUAGAUGCCGAGGAAGGUUUUCUCUCCACUUCACCCGACAGCGCCAAUGGGGAUGCACACGCACACGCACACGCACACACACUGAAGCAUGCAAACGAAUUGGCCAAGAGCAGCAAGAGCCACAGCCACAAGAGCUCGGAGCCGAAGCUUCGGGUGCGUCAGCUGUUGUUGCAGGCAUUUCAUCAAUGCGCCUGUGCCGAACAGUGCGUCACCCUGAACAACAUACUGGACUCCUUCAAGGCGCCGCUCUCUGAGGAUCAGGCGUGGGCGCUCAUCUAUCAGUUCAGCUCGCUGUACCAUAAGCUGGCGCUCCAGGCGCAUCUCUGCCAGAGCGAUGAGUACGAGGCACAGCUGCCCACGCGCUUCCAGUUGCACGUGCAUCGCGACGGCAGUGUUCACUUCUCCGGCAAGGAGCGACUGCAGCCGGAGCAGCAGCAGCAACAACAACAGCAACAGUUGGAGCAGGAGCAAGCGCCCACGUUGGAUGACAGCGCCAGCAGCAGCAGCGGCGACAGCAGCGUCGUUAUUAAUCGUGCCUUUGACAAUAAUAAUCAUCAUCAUCAUCAUCAUCCGCAUACGCCGCUGGUCGUCUCGCAUAGAAAGAUUAUAAGCGAACUGGCGGAAAUAGUUUACACAGCCUUGGACUACAAUUUGCCGGAGGAUGAGGAAUGCCAAAUGUCACAGGAGCUGGAAAACUUAUUCAAUUAUAUGACAGCCGAUGAAAAUGAUGAUGAUUGCAUUGACGAGGGCAUUGAGGAGGGCGACAAGCGCUGGGACGAUGAGUCGGAGGAGGAGCGCAACAAUACCAAAGAACUGGAGCACAUAAUCGAGACCUGCCGAAAUCACAUAAAGCCCGCCUUACCUGAAAAUCAUUACAAAGCCGUUUGUCGCGCUCUGGUAACAGAAACUAUCGAACUACGCAUAUUUCUGCAGCAAGUGUUAAAUAAUGGCGGUGCUGGCAAGCUAAUAAAAGCAUCAGAAUCAUCGCAAACAACGCAAAAGGAAUUGGCAAAGCUGGGCUUCAAUGACUGGGCACGCUUCUGGGUGCAGGUGAUCGAUGAGCUGAGACGUGGAGUGCGACUGAAGAAAAGCAACUUUGAGCGCACACCCAUCGAAUACGAACUGACGCCCUAUGAGAUACUCAUGGGCGAUAUAAGAUCCAAAAAGUAUCAAUUGCGCAAAGUGAUGGUCAAUGGUGAUAUACCGCCGCGUGUUAAGAAGGAUGCCCAUGCAAUCAUCUUGGAGUUCAUCAGGGCCAGGCCCCCAUUGAAAAAGGUGUGUAGCCAUCGAAUAGCAACAGCCACAGCCACAUCGAAGAGCAACAAUUGCAACUUUUCACGGCCUCAAUCUGUGGCCUCGGAGCGUCAGCUGGGACCGCCGCGCAAGCUGAUACCCUCGCCCAGGGAACAGCUGAUGGAGUCCAUACGCCAGGGCAAGGAAUUGAACAAAAUUACGCCACCAGCUGCGCCAACUCUGAGAGAGAAAUUGCUUCCAAAUUCAACAAAUUCGACGCUGUCACGUUCCAGGCAACGCCUCAUCAAAGUGGAUUUCUCAAAGUGGCAGGACGACGAUAAUUUCUUUGAUGAGUCCAGCAUUAGCAGCAGCACUGCAGCCUCCACAGCAGCGGCAGCGGCGCAUCUGGCCGAGCUGCAUCGCUACUCACAGCCCAAGAUGCCGCCAUAUCCCAUUGGUGGCUACAUCAUGGGCAAUCAGCCGCGACACUCGGACGCUCAUGCGACGCUGCUGAGACCCAGACGCACAAAGGAGCAACAGCAGCCGCAGUCGCAGCAGCAACAGCCGCAGGACGAUUCAACGAAUAACUGCGCUAAUGGCUUGGAAUCUUAUGACCUUGCCACACAAAGUGAAGCGAGACGCGCCUCAACGCGUCGCCACACCAUCGUCGGCUGUCAGAGCAAUGCGGAUGAGCUGCCACCCACGCGUCCCGAGUCGCGUCAAGCGGAUGACGUCAAGCCGAGUCCUCUGCCCACUCCUUUGGCUGCCGCUGGCGACGAGCCGACGCCGCAUUCAACAUCCUCGCUUGGCCCAUGGAACAAGUCGUUUAUGGACAAACAGACCUGGAUGGAGCGUGGUGACGAUCGUCUGUCUGUCACCCUGGCAGAGAUUAUGCACAUACGCUCCGUCAUGACGAAGGCCGAGCUCGAGGGCUUGCCCAUGGAUGUGCGCGUCAAGGAGGAUGUUGAAAAGCGUCGCGUCUGCUUUCUCUGCCUGCGCACGCGCUUCUCCUUCUUCGGCCCCUACGGCAUUCAGUGCAAGCUCUGCCAGCGCACUGUCUGCGCCAAAUGCUACACCAAGAUGCGCAUACCCUCGGAGCACUUUCGCAAUGUGCCGCUGGUACUGAUCUCACCAUCGCUGCUGUCCAGUCCGGCCAGCUCGAGCACGCCAUCGCCAUCGCAUCAUGCUGCCCAUCAGGCGCACUCCUCAUCGACAGGCAACAUCAUGGACGAUCAGUUCCCCAAGUCGCUGAUCGAGCGUCUGCUGCGCUCCGAGUCAGAGCGCAAGACUCGCAGCACUGUGGGCAGUGCGCCUUCGUCGCCCAAACACCAAAGAUCAAACAUGAGCACGCCCGGCAUUAGCGUUGGUCCUGGCGCUGCUGCCGCCGCCGCUGCCGCUGGCGCUGGCCAAGCUGUGGAGGCGCUGCACGAUCAGGCCUCCAUGUCUGCCUCCUACUCGGCGGCCAUGCGUCCCUCAGGCUUGCAGCAAUAUCAGCAGAAGCAGCAGCACUACAACAACUGCAUGUCCCGCAGCAUGGAGGGACCACGCAGUCUGCCCGUGCACAGUCCGGCGUAUCGACCGCUGUCCAACAGCAGCACGCUGGAGCGCAAAUCACGUUUCUCGCGCGGCUUUGCGUGGUUCUCCUCGGGCAGUCAUCUGGCGCAGACGCAACAGCAGCAGCAGCAGGAGAAGGAAAACCUGCGUGGCGAGCAGGUCACAGUCUGCAACGAUUGUCAGGGCCUGGUUAAUGAGAUUACCAGCUCGGUGAAGCAGAAACGCAGCUCGGCGCGUAAUCGCACGAUACAGAAUCUCACGCUGGAUUUAACGCCUGUCUGGAAAUAAUUCAACAGACUAUUAUACCCUAUAUACAAUUAUACAUAUGCAUAUUUUGAAUGGACUGUUGUAUACAUUAGAAUGAGACCUAACUAUAUAUAGAGAGAGAGUGAGUGAGUGAAGAAGCGAGAGCGCGUUGUAAAUCGUUAGAAAAUGUUAGUCUAAUUCUUAAGCCAAACGAAAACAGAAACAGCAAAAUCGAUAUAACAAACUCGCUGUACAUUAAUUAUAUAAUGGCUAGAGAUCAGCUUAAACGCCGCACACCCCACCAUAUAAUUUUCGUAUUAACAUAAACUGAUUAUCGCACGUACAUUUAGCAUUAUACGAUUAUAUAUAAAAAGUAUACUAAAGCUUACAUUGUUUGUAAUUGUUUAACUUAUGUUUAGCUGUUGUUUAAGUCUAUUCGUAAUUUCGUAACUAUAUUAUAACUAUAUAUGUAUAUGCAAUAGGCUAUAACAUUCCAAUCCAAAGCCUUCGACUUAGCAUACUCGAUCUACAUUUACUUCGGUUGUUCCAUUUACUCAUUAACCUAAAGUUGUGAAUGCUGUUGAAAUUUUCCUUUGGAAAAGCAAAACAAAAAACGAUCGAUAUAUAAGAGAAAAACCACAUUUCCGAUAUUCUCAGACCUUCUUGUCUAAGCACUUAUAUUAUAUUAGCUAAAUUAAUUUUUACGCUAAGUUGUAAACCGAACGUACACUAUUUAGCUAAAGAAUUCGCUUAGUUUUAUUUAAAUUUAUUGAACAAACCAAGUGCGACUAUGUUUAACUGACCUCUAGCUGCUGAUAUCAUAUGAUUUAUAACUAUUUAUGCUAAUUGUGCAACAUGGAAAAACAAAGCAACAAAUUUUGAAAAUUUUAUGUU